AUGAAUGUCAGCGGAAAUGAAGUUGGCAAACUCGAAAUUGGGCACCUCGGUGAUCUUAAAAGAUACUACGACUUAAAUCAUGCUACCCACCAAACUCCCACAGCAAACAUUUGGGCCUUAACAACGGAAAAUGCCAUCCAUAGACAGGGUGACCCCCCUGGCCCCCCAGGCCCCCCAGACAACUACCCAGACAAGCCCCCGCCGUGGCUGCAUCCUAACUACUGGGGUACGACUACUACUCGGGCUACAGCCACAACCACCACGACAGCAGUCCCACCAUCCGUGGAAGAAGAACCCCCCAGCCUGUUGCUACCCUUCCAGAAAGCCAUGGACCUGUACCGUAUGGGCUACUUCUCGGUCUUCGUCAGCCUGGGCUCCCACAUCGUCUCCGAGAAGUCCUUCAACGAUGUGAGGCUGCUCAGCAUGUCUUUGGAAAGGGAGUUUCAUAGGCUACAUGAUGAUGACAAGCACAUUCUUGGCUUCGGAGAGCCGUUCCUUGGUGCUUUUGAACAUUUCGUUAAACAAAUGGGACAGUUGCCUGCCGAUUACAUCAAAAGUCAAGCCCAAAUCUUGCAACACAGCAUACACUUCAGAAGGGAAUACUUUGCGGACCAACUAAAUUCGCUAAUGGACUACAUAGACAGUCUUUACAAUGAAGAUGAGGGAGUAGCUCUAGUCCAAUCUCUAGACGCUCUGAAUUUAUUCCCUAAAAACACUUGGAACUCUUACGAAAUCCUCAGGAACAUUUCUGACUCUCUAUUCGCACCUUACAAAAGAUUAGCUGGUACAGUCAAAAGGGAACUUCUCGUGGAAUCUCUUAAUGAUUUUUUAGAAAAGGUCGGCUACACCUUACUUGGUGAUAAAAAUAUUUUCGGGGUUUUGAAUAUAACGGAUGCUAGAAGAAACUAUAGCAAUAAAACUAGGUUUGCUGUAGUGGGAAGAGAGACAAGUGGUAAAACGAGACAGACGGACACUCGUUUAAGCAACACACCUAGAAGUGUCACAAAUAUUAAGAGAGAAACCUAUGAUGCAGAAAAGAAACUCAGAGAGAUUAAUACGAAAAUUAAAAAUGCAGCUGUUAAAAUUAGAAAAGUAACACGAAAGGAACCAACAGCAGUACCGCGUUCACAACCUACAUAUCACACAACUCAGCAAAAGCCUCACGUAAGACUGGGCUUCAAAGAAAAACAUCCAAAAAUAUACGACAAGUACCUGCAACUGAAGAAGAAAGCGCACAAGAAGCAUCGGAAAAAGGAAAAGUUUAGAGAGUUCAAGAAAAGAUAUUUUGGGAACAUGUUCCCAAAGUUGCACGGUUAUGAAAGAUAUUCCAAAAUGAAAGCGGAAAAAUUGAAAAACAAACUACUCUUAAAUAUAUCAGACACUGAUUUUGAUGGCGAAUAUCUUAGUGAUUCUGAAUCAUAUGAUUCCGAUUUUAGUGCUAUUGUUUAUAAAAUGAAACAGGCUAAAACUAAAUUUAAAGACUUCAAUAAAGGAAGACAAUCUACCCUUAGGGUUUCAGCAUCGAAAUCACCUUCAAAUAAAAUUAGUAGAACAAAAAAAUCAAGUCAAUUUACCCAAAAAAGUCAUAAAACUGCAAAGAUAAUGAAAAUAACUAAAACAUCUAAAGCAGCAACGAAAAGAAUACAUUCCGAUAUUAAUAUAUCCCACUCAACUAUAGAAAACAACGCAGUUGCAGCAAAAACAAAUAUACUCAAGAAACUUAAUGAGAAACUAAAUAAACUAACAAAUGAGUUAGGCAUAGAAAAAAGUCGUCUUAAUAAGAUAUCACUGAAACCUACCAAAAUAGCAGAUUCUCAAGUAAAUAAAACUAACAAAUCUUCAGCUAUUACAACCAUAGAUUUCACUACAGUUAAAUUCAAAAGUGUAACAGCUAAAAAUAAAAUUGCAGCGUUAUCCAGCUACAGCGAUGAAGAAGAUGUUCUAAAGUUUAAAAUUUCAGACGCAAUGAGACAUGACAAGCCAUUUCUUAUACCACAAAGAAGAUUAAACAAUUUUAGGCAAAGAUUUAAGAAAGACAUUGAUGUAAGCUACAGCAGCGAUGAAGUUGUGUUGAAAUCCAAAAUAUAUCAGAGUCUGGGAUUUCAAAAUUUCAGUAAACUUAAUGAAGUAAGAAGAAGAGCAAAUAAUGAUAUUGAUGAAGUUAAAGUUAAGAAGAUAAGAUUUCAGAAAUUCAAACCAGUUAAUGAGAUAUCUAGCUACAGCGAUGAAGAGGAUACUUUGAAGGAGAAGUUAAAAUUGUGAUUUGCUUUGGACUAAUGUAAAAUAUUUAAUAGCAUUGACCUACUUUGUAAUUUGUUAUCAAUAAAUAA